AUGACACUAUCAAAAACACUAUGCAACGAUAGCUUUGUAACAAGCGAGCAUCACCUUAUCAAACACUUUACAAACACUGAACUUGGUUCGAAAGAGAGGCUACUCAUCGAGGACAAUGUCCGAAGCGAAAUUAACAAUGAACCUAUGGACAAUACAAGAGAAGAGAAACGAGCGUUUGUACUAUACGGAACAUGGAUCGUAUGGUCGGGCUGGGCCAUUUGUCUGAGUUUGAUCGAACGUAACGAAAUCAAAAGGGAAGAGGGUAAAAGCUGGGACCUGUCUGCCGAGAGAGAUGGUGACGAGUUUGUUAUCAGCGAAUUAAAAGGUACCGAGUUGCCUCCAUUUUUGGUUCAUUCGGAUUGGACAUCAACGUUCUUUCCUAUUCUCUCGUUCCUGCUGCUACUCACGCUUCGUCGUGGUCAUUGGGGUCUUAUUACGUGGGAACAUUUGGUGUUACUCGAAGCCACGUCUCAUCUCAAGUGGUAUCGUAUAUGGUGUUUAUCCGGGGCAUCGGCGGGUUGGAUCCUCUUUUGGGAAGGUGUAAAAUACUAUUUCCACAUUGCUCUCAUUUAUCGAACUGAUCUGACCGCGUUUCCUGGAAUAGCUGGUACCGUGUGGACGAAUCUAUGGAGUGGAAUGUUAUUGGCAAUGUGGUGGAGUUUUUGGACAUUUCAAUACAGAGGAGUGGUGUGGAAGAGAGAGCUUUUGGAAGGUGUUGCAGUCUGGAGUGAUGAUGAUGGAUGGGUCAGAGUGGGGGGUGUUGGACAAGAAAAAUUAGGAUAA